AUGAAGAUUACAGCCAUCUUUGCAGCACUCGCUAUGCGAGCCGCUGCCGUCGGUGUCUCCGGGGCAGCAGAGGGUUUUGCCAAGGGCGUCACUGGCGGUGGCUCUGCCACCCCUGUCUACCCCAGCACCACAGACGAGCUGGUCUCGUACCUGGGUGACUCUUCGCCGCGCGUGAUUGUCCUCACCAAGACCUUCGACUUCCGGGGCACAGAGGGAACUGGAAGCGGCACCGGCUGCGCCCCUUGGGGCACUGGCUCUGGUUGCCAGGUUGCCAUCAAUCAGAACGACUGGUGCACCAACUACCAGCCGAACGCGCCCACCGUCUCUGUCAGCUAUGACAAGGCCGGUUCCCUCGGCAUAACCGUCAAGUCCAACAAGUCCAUCGUCGGCAGCGGCAGCGCCGGUGUCAUCAAGGGCAAGGGUCUCCGAAUCGUCAGCGGUGCGAGCAACGUCAUCAUCCAAAACGUCGCCAUCACCGACAUCAACCCCAAGUACGUCUGGGGCGGCGACGCCAUCACCGUGAACGACGCCGACAUGGUCUGGAUCGACCAUGUCACAACCGCCCGCAUUGGCCGCCAACACAUCGUCCUCGGCACCAAGGCCUCCAAGCGCGUCACCAUCUCAAACAACUUCAUCGACGGUACCAGCGACUACUCCGCCACCUGCGACGGCUACCACUACUGGGGCAUCUACCUCGACGGCUCCAGCGAUCUCGUCACCAUGAAGGGCAACUACAUCUACCACACCAGCGGACGCGCCCCUAAGGUCCAGGGUAACACCCUUCUGCACGCUGUCAACAACUACUGGUACCAGAACUCCGGCCACGCGUUCGAGAUCGGCCAGGGUGGUUACGUUCUCGCUGAGGGUAACGUGUUCCAGAACAUUGUUGCUGCUGCCGAGUCUCCCAUUGCUGGACAGUUGUUCUCCUCGCCGGAUUCCAACACCAAUGCUGUCUGCUCGAACUAUAUUGGACGUGCUUGCCAGCUUAAUGGAUAUGGAUCUUCUGGGGCGUUGUCUCAGGCUGAUACUGCUUUCCUGACUAACUUUGGUGGAAAGAACAUUGCCUCUGCUUCCGCUUACACCUCUGUUGUUGCUAGCGUUAAUGCUAAUGCUGGUCAGGGUAAGCUGUGA